AUGAGGCUCUACGAACUGAUUAAAUGGGCUCCGGCAGAUGCUCCUGACGCUGUGCAAACUGCUGAAGUCAAGGAGGAUCUCAUGUCCGAAGUUAUCAACUACACCAUCGAAAAUCUCUCGAAGGCCACGAACUAUCGGAUCUAUGUAGCCUCCAAAAACUCGCUCCAUAAGGCCUCCCCAUUCACUGACUACCUCAUCGCAGCUACUACUGGUGAGUUUGCGUGA